AUGUCUUGCCUCUGGCCCAGCCUGAAGGGCGUGCUACGGACUGGAGCGUGGUGCAAUGACAGUCUUCCACUGGCCCUUCCGGCAGCGUCCGCGGACUCAGCUGGCGGCAUGUGGGACCCGCCCGGGGUGCACCUCUAUGCGAACGCCUCCGCCUCGCGCAACGGCGUCCUUCACUUCGGCAAUGGUACAUGCAUGAUUCAUGGCGCCUGCUCCUGUCCGGGGAAGGUGCGGGUGCAGGGGCUGUGCGGAUGCCAGGCCGCACCGCCGAGGGACGCGAUGAGAGUGCCCGUCGCGGUGACGCUCGCUGGGAGGCGCGUCUCCCGCACGGUGGCCGACUUCAACUCUUCGGUGCUGACGCCGGCCGCGGAGCACGCGGCGGCGCGGCGGCUGCGGCUAUAUGUGCGGCAGUUUGGGAGGGCGGCGAUCAUCCUGCUAUCCCACGGGGCGGCGUCGCUGUUUCUGCCCAUCGCCACCGCGCCCGCGUGCGUCAUCGAGAUCCACCCAACUCUCCCUGUCAAUAUGCACGCGGCCCAGCAGGCCGCCACUCUGGGCCACUGGUACCAGGGCUUGCACGCCCCCGCGGCUAGGCCGAGCCAGCAAGAGACGGUGAUGGUGGAGGCGGAGGCGGCGGCGGUGGUGGAGGAGGAGGAGGAGGAGGCGGCGGCGGCGGCGGCGGCGGCGGUGGAGGAGGAGGAGGCGCCGGCGGCGGCGGCGGCGGAGGAGGCAGAGGCGCCGGCGGAGGAGGAGGUGGCGGAGGAGGAGGAAGAGGCGGCAGCGGCGGCGCCGACAGCGGCGGCGGCAGUGGAGGAGCAGGAGGCGGCGGUGGCGGAGGAAGAGGAGGAGGGGGGGGGGGCUGGGGAGGCGGCGGCGGAGCCCGCAGCAGCGACGGGGAAGGAGGAGAGCGAGGUGGAGGCGGCGGAGCGCAGGCGCGAGCUCGAGCGAAAGAAGCGCAAGAUGGAGAAGGAACAGGCUAGGCUCGAGCAGCUGCACGCUUUACUCGUGGGCGGUGUGGCGGACGCGGCGGCACGGCGGGCGGCCGACGACCCGACUCAGGCGGUGGGCCGCGCGACCAGCGGCCUGCUGAUGCUGGGUCACUCGCCGAAGCUGAGCUACGACGGCGCGACGCACCUCCAGGUCGUCGGGUGCGACACGCUGGUGACCGUACCGGGGGAGAGUGACCUCGCGACCCGCUCGACGCUCGCGCAGCGUGCGCGCAAGGUUUGCCAGGGCCUCAAACGGCCCGAGCUACUCCGCUUUGACGACGAGGUGGCGUGCGUCAACCACCACAUGGACCCGCCGGUGGACAAGGAGAGGGGUGACGCACCGCACCAGUACGGCUUCACGCGGCAGGCGACGGCCAUUUUCGAGCACGCCGACAAGCUAAUCCGCGAGAGGCGCCCGCACGGCAUCGUCGCGGCCUUCGGCACGUUUGCUGGUGGCGUGCUGCACGCGGCGCGCGCGCACACGUCCGCCGAUGGACCGGCCGAAUUUGCUGAGCGCGCGUACCGCGCGUGCGCUCGGAAAAUCUGCCGGCUGCCGUCCGACUUGUGCGUCCUCACGCCAUUGGACGUGCGGUUCGGCGAAGGGCGCGGCGUGCGCUUGCUCGUCGUCACUCAGGCCGGUCACCUCUCGCAGGGUGGCGCGUGCGCCGGGAUCAUCAAAUGCCUCCGCGCCGGCGCGGACGAGCUCCUCAACGGUCCCGGUUCCGCCGCGGAGGUGCCGCCCUUGGUGGCGUUUGCCUUUGGCGGGCGUGUGCGGCAGCACAACGAGCAGGUGGUGCAGGCGCUCCGCUGGGAGGAGGACAACGAGAAGGACGAUGAGGACGAUGAGGGCGAGUGA